CAUGUUUUUGCUGCUAGCAUAAACUGCUAAAAUGGGGCGCUUCUAACAGAGGGGUUACAAAUGCUCGUUACGACUCCGCGGCGGGUUGUUCUGUUACAUGUAAAACGAGACAUCGGCGAUCACGAGUUACGUCUUGAAAUCGCCGUACGGCGGCAUCGAAUGGACGGAUUCAGCAGCGACAACAAAAAACAGUCAUCCGUUCCUCGAUCGCUAAACAUUCAACCACUGAUGACCAAAGCCAGCUCAUAUUUACAGGAAUGGAUGUUAACGUAGAUUGUUAAAAAAAACAACACAUUUUAAGCUGUUGAUUCGUAAGCUCCCGUCGGCAGCGUGCAGCUGUUUAUGCCCCAAAUAGCUUACAGACUUGUAUGGCUCCUACGUUUCCGUUAGCCUUUAAUCUCCCUGCGUACAAUAUUGCACUUAUUUCACGAAGUCUGGCGACAGACGUUUAGCUUAAGUAUUUAUUUUCCCGCCACAUCACCGCCACUGUACAAAGACAACACUAAUACAAUCAGUUAAAACGUCAAAAUUCGACGGUUCUUUCGCCCGGUGACUGUAAGCGGAUCUAAACUUGUUGUUGGUUUGCAACCAAAGCGGAUCAAUGUGUUUCCCGGUGGUUUUAUUAACCGAGGCAGCGGUGACACGGGGAUCCAGUGCGCCCCGCUUCACGCGUGGGCAGCCCACACGCUCGACGGUCGUCAUGUCCUCUCGACUCAUGCAUAACAUAAAAAAAUAAACUGAUUUAAACACGGUAAAAAAUAACGUAGGUAACGUGUAAGCAACGACCAUUACACUUUAAAAGCAGUGGCUUUUGCCAUUAGUGUUCGGAGAACUGCAUACUGUGUUUCAGGAAUCGCCAUGUUGUCAUUCUGUCGUCUUUGAAGCUCUGGGAGAAAGGAACCGUCUCCAUCUUUGUUUUUUUUUUCCUCACUAAAUUUCCGUUCUCAGUAUAUUUCCAUCGACCUGAAAACGACGUUGUAACUUGUAACAAACUCGCCAUUUAUCGGCCGUCCGCUCGACGACAGGGAAUACUCCACUUCCCAAAUGAAAGCUGGUUUAACGGCAGGGGGGUAAAAAGAAAAUCUGUGCUAAGGGUGUAUUCGCAAUCCUUUCCGUUGCUGAUGGGUUGGCUAAUGGCGGGCAGACCUCUGGAGCUGCUCCUCGCGCUGCACGGCAGCGUUUAGAAGGGGGGCAACGGCUAGCAUGUAGCGAGCUAACGCGCUAAAGCUAGCGCUCUAAAACCCAUUGCGUUCGUCAUUAGUGACUUUAGCGGCGUGGGUUCACGGGGGGGGAACUACUGCUUUGCUCUUCAUCGUCUCGAUGGUACGAGAACUUGUCCUUGACAAUUGUCGAUCAGUCGAAGGAAAAAUCGAAGGCCUCACAGCCGAGUUUGUCAACCUGGAGUUUCUGAGUUUGAUAAAUGUCGGCUUAAUGUCAGUCUCCAACUUGCCCAAACUAGCAAAACUCAAAAAGCUGGAGUUGAGCGACAACAGAAUCAGCGGCGGCCUCGAUGUUUUAGCAGAAAAACUACCCAACCUCACACAUCUAAACCUGAGUGGCAACAAAUUGAAAGACAUUAGCACAUUGGAACCAUUGAAAAAGCUGGACAAUCUGAAAAGUUUGGACCUGUUCAACUGCGAAGUGACAAACCUGAACGACUACAGAGAGAGCGUGUUCAAGCUGCUGCCACAGCUCACCUACCUGGAUGGAUACGACACGGAGGACCGGGAAGCCUCCGACUCCGACGGAGAGGUGGACGGCGUAGAUGACGACGAAGACGAGGAGGGAGAGGAGGAGGAAGAUGAGGAUGGCGAGGAGGAGGACUUUGAUGAGGAAGAGGAUGACGAGGAAGACGAAGAGGAGGUAGAAGGAGAAGACGACGAUGAGGUCAGCGGAGAAGAUGAGGAGGAAGACUUUGCUCAGGACGGGGAAGUAGAUGAUGAAGAUGAUGAUGAUGAAGAUGAAGAAGAAGCAGAAGCAGAAGCCGGCAAAGGGGAGAAGAGAAAGCGAGACCCUGAGGACGAGGACGACGAUGAGGACGACGAGGACGACGAUUGAGAGCAAAACUGAAUGAGAGCCUACAGAGUUACCCCCCCCCCCCCUUUCAUUUCCCAAAACCG